CUUAGAAAUGUGUAUUGUCACGUGAUAUCAACACGUUUUCAAUUUAAGGCUCCGCACUAUAUAUAAGGCAACAACCAGUUAUUAGCUUGUACACGUCUUAUUCAAAGAACUUUAGCUUACCUAAUAAAGUUGCGUUAACCUUCUUGUCUCGUCUUCCCAAAGCUUGCCCAGUUCUAUUCUUUCUAUUUCCACAACCAAAUCUAUCCAUCAACACUUACACUUCAAAAUUGAUAACAUUUACCUCAUUGCCGUGCAUCAGGUCUCCUUAAUAUCGGUCAACUCUUGUCAACUCUUGAGUAGCAAAGAGGUCAUAUUUGAUUGGUCUUCCUCAUCAUCUUUUCUCAUUAACAAAAUGUCUCGUGGUGGUACAACUCUCUAUGUCACCGUAUGCGCUCCACCUCCACAACUUUUACGCUCAACACCAAAAGCCACUUUUAGAUACUUCUAUUAGAGCUUCAACAGUAUACUGACAUGUUUUUAAUAGGGCUUCGGAGCUGGAAUCCGUGCUCGCGAUCUUGCCUACGAAUUCGAACGGUAUGUCAGCCAAAAAUCGAUAUCUCGAUGAUCAUCCUUGAUUGCGAUGAUCCAUUUUCCCAUCCUCGUCCAUCCUCGUCCCUUAAUCCGUCGAGACUUCGCUGUCAUUUUCGUCGCAUAUACUCUCCCCUCUGCCCAAAUCCUCCACGUUCGAUCGAGCGGUCGCACAACGAUACGAACAAUUUAUAUUCCCACAUUUGUCUCGCGAGAAAAAAGUUCGAAUUGCGGCGGAUCGAUUAUUAUUUACUAUACAUAUCUUAUAUAUCUCUUACUUUCAUCCAUAUAUCUGUCCAAUAUUUCCCUCUUCGUUAGUACAUUGAGUCUAACCUUAUCCUCGUAGCUACGGCCGUUUGGUCCGCUGUGAUAUCCCAGCUCCUCGAACCGCCGCAUCUCGUCUGUAAGUUAAGCCUAAAUCCUCGUUGGCAACUACACUAAUAUAGUUGACACGUAAAGUAGAUUUGCCUUCGUUGAGUAUGAGUCCCGUCGCGAUGCCGAUGAUGCCUACCAUGAAAUGCACAACAAGCGAAUUGGUCGGGAUGAUUUGUUGAAGAUUGAAGUAAGUCUUCAUGACAUCACAUACACACCUCGAAUUCUAAAGCGUAUUUAGUGGGCCCGCACACCUCCCUCGGCUUCUUGGCGAUUCGAUACUGGUGAGGACCGUCCAGCCCGUCGUGAUGGAGGUAGAGAUAGCGGGAGAGAACGUGGUGGAGGCAGCCGCCGUUCUCCUCGUCGUCGUUCAAACUCUCCCCGACGUGGCCGUGGCGACUACACUCCCCGUAAGGAUGACCGAGAUCGCCGGGACCGGGACUACGACAGACGAGACCGUGACCGAGCCGAUCGCUCACGUAGCCCGGAUGAUCGGUAAGCAAAUGUACAGAGGUUAAACUCGGGUAGAAGCUUACACUUUAUGUUUAGGGACCGUGAGAUCAAGGAAGAACGUGAUGAUGUCCGUGAACCCGGAACCAAUGGAGAUGACAGGAAAGGUGAAUUACCACUUACACUACCAAUACGCCUGUUCUAAUUCGUCUGAUAACCAUCAGUUACUAUGGAUUCUCCUCCACCAGCGCAUGAUGAACUGGACACCGCCGAGUAAACAGGUCCUUCCCCACUUGAGGCCUUGUAUGCGGCAGGGAAAAAGUUUAUUGUGUCUUUUGGCUGCUGAUAUUUCCUUCUUUGCCUGAAUUUACCAUUGUGUUUCUAGAUCGAUUCCCCGAGACCUCCCGAGUUGAGCCAGGAUUGGACCGGCCACAACAGCAGAAUUUCCCCUCCCAUUUUAGGUCAGCAGCAGCAUACGAUUGUGGUCAUAAUUUUUCAUGGGUAGUUACUAGUAUUAAAAUUCUAAAUUGAGCACAUAAUAUACACAAAAUACAUCAUC